AUGUCCUUGGGAUUUUCGUCUUCCAUUGGUCAGUCAACCAAUGUGGAGCGGAAGCUGGAGAAUAAUAAAUUGAAAAACUUUGGUUUUCUUGUGCCACACAUAUCUGAGUUUGAGUAUGAAUUACAGGAGCUUUUAGUUGAGAUUGAUAUGCUCAUUGAGAAGAAGAAAUGUGAGUGGGAAAAAGAUCUUAAAGCCCUUGAAAGAAAGCUGUCGAUUAAGGUGUCUGAAAACGACAGGCUUCAGGGUCUUGUUAACGAAAAAGAAAGGGAUCUACAAGAUGCUUUUAGGCGCCUUGAAAUGGUUGAAUCCAAAGAUCCAAGGAUUUGUUAUGGCAAGCAGAUUGAGGAAUUAAGUCACAAGGUUGAUGCAAUGAAAGCUAGUUACAGUAAUCUCCAAAGGAAAUAUCAAAAGCAAUUAGUUGCAGAAAAAAGUGAUUUCUCAAUGCAUCUACGUAAUUUAGAGACUGAAAAUGAAGCUCUGAAAGCCGAUUACGAGAGAUUAAGACAAAAAAAUGAACAAAUUAUUUCAUCACUGAAACAACAGUUGGCUGAUCAAAAAAAUAGCACACUUGAUAUUCAGAAACGGUAUGGUGAAUUGCAAUCUCAAUUUGAAAUAAAAUUACAAGAGGAAACCAAUCAAAAGAAUAAUAUUAAAGAGAUGAAAGAAGAGCAUCAGUUAGCCAUCGACAAACUUAGUAAACAGUUAAAUGAUCAUAAAAAUACAAUUAAGCUUCAGGCCGAAGAAUUAAUGAUUACCAAAGCAUCACUCACAAAUAAAAUUUCGGAGAUUCAUCGCCUUCCUCGUGAAGCUGAAAUGAAAAAGUCAGUUAUCAAUGGUUCUCAGAAAUCUGUAAAACGUCAAGAAAAAACCAUGGCAAAGCGUUUAAACUUGCUGUUACAUCGAAAACACAAUUCAACACCCAAUAUAUCAGUUAAACAUGGACAAACUUCACCUACUGACUUAUCAUCACCAUUACAACAGUUACAGCAGGCUCUCAGUGAUCAAGAAGAAAUUACUCAUAAAGUUAAGUACUUGGAAAAUCAACUGAGUGAAGCUAAUAAUACCCUCAUAGAUAAAAUGUUAGAAAUAAGUCGACUUGAAAAUACAUGUCAAGUAGCGUCUGCUACAAUUCGUCGUCUAGUGGAAUCCAAAGCAUAUUCUAAUGGACAAACUAAGUCCCUGAAAACUUCCAUUGAUGAAGCCCGUGAAAGAGUGGGGAAUUUUGAAAGAAAGCUUUCUUUAGUUGAAAAGAUUCAAGCAUCCAGAUCAUAUGAAAUAAAUCAGACGCCAAGACAUUGUACUUCAGAUGAAGGUGUACAAACAAGCGACUAUUUACUGCCCAAUGAUGGACCAAUCAAAGUAACACCUACUUUAACCUUCAAUGAUACGCAGUCAACAAAUCUCACUUCGUCCAACUCAUUAACAAAUACGGAAGAGUUGAAUAAAAUACCUAAUAAUUAUUGUGCUGAUCUUAAUUCAACACUAUUUAUCAAUCAAUCAAAUAGUAAUAUCCAUCGUAAAACUGUUAACGCUCCAGUAGAUCUAGUCAAUAAGCAAAUUGAAAUGGAAGUCAAUCACUCUCAGGCUCAAAUUAAUCAAGGAAACAAAAACUGUCCGAAUUUCAAACAAGAUUUUCACAGUAACAUCAAUUUACUUGCUAACUCUACGGAUGUUUGUAACGAAUCUAAAAAUUCUGAACAGUCAGUAGAAAUUACACCAAACAAAAUAUUUAAAAAUAAAGAUGAAAAACAAAUUUUUCCACCCGGUGAAUCUGAUGUUGUUGCAUCAUGUAAACCAAUACCAUCGGCACGCUUUAAAUUGUUGUCACCCUCAGUUAAAUUUUUGGAUGAUAAUAAUAAUGGUAUCAAUUCAAACGAAAAUGGAUUAAUCGAUUUAGAUAAGCAUGACUAUGCUGCUGUUUUAGAACCCACACUAUUGACGUUAAAUUCACCAGUUUCUGAAAUAUCAAAAUUUGCCAAAAUCAAUGAAACUAUUAUUGAUUCAUUUCCAAAUUCAUGUUUGAAUUAUUCUACUGAUUCAAUUAGAAUUGUAUCCACAUGUGUUCCACACUUCUCUGUUUUCACACAAGAUAGUACAUUUGUUGAAUCAGAUACGAAUUUUCAUUGUUAUCAAUCAAUGAAUUUGUCAAGUGAAGAACAGUCAUCAUCAUUUGAAAAGAAGUCAAAUCUUCAUCUACCAUCAUAUUGUUCAACAUUCAUAUCACCAUCAUCAUCAAUAUCAUUAUAUCACUCUCAAAUUAAUCAUAAUAGUUUAAAUGAAGAAGAUACAAAUGUUUAUAAUUUAGCUGCACAAUUUUUAGUGGAUGAACAAAAGCAUUCCAUGUUAUUAGAACAAAAAAUUGAUGCACAUUUAAAGUGUUUAGAAGAACAUGCUGGACAUUUAAAUGAAUUAUAUUAA